CAAAUGCAUGAAGAUAUCGAUUUAUUUGUGCCGUAUCAUAUUUAUUUGGUGGGACACCGUCAGCUGUCUUGUUGUUCAAAGAGGUGUUCAUUCUCUGUUCCUUUAUACACUUCUUCUCGCUUCAUCAGUACGUUCGCUACAAGUAUACCACAGUCCAACUCUACUCAAUCCAAGAUCCAUCUUCCAGCCCGAACGCCGUACGCUAGAUUGCACUGCAUUCCCGGGAGAAUCCAUUCUUAAAGAAGUCAUCCUCGACAUCUAGAUCCCUGUCAUCAUUCGGAUCAACUGCUACCCGCACAGUCCGAAGACAUCCUCUUGGGAUUGAGCGAGCUGGAAAGUCAUCAAUAGACAGUUCCCUACUGUUGAUCGCAGAUCUGCACGUUAGUAAAAGAGUAAGAAGG